AUGCACGCUGCGAAGCGGGUGGAACGAGUGGCGCCGCCAGGUGGCUCGAGAACUUCGUGCUCACCGCCGCGCACUGCAUCGAAGAUAAGGCGACGCCCGACCACAGAGGAGUGUGAGUACCCGAACGCCCUCGUCCUUCCGGCAUCUCCCCCAGCCUCUCGGCCAUGGGAUAAGGGUGCUAAGGCAGCGCGGGGGCGGGGUGCGUGUGGGCGCAGGGGCCCCGCGCGCUGGGUGCGGCUGGGCGACCUGGACCUGUCGACGCCGCUGGACGACGACCGCGCGCAGGAGCUGGCGGUGGCGCAGCGCGUGGCGCACCCUGGCUACCGCGACGGCGUCAAGUACUUCGACCGCGCGGUGGCGUUCGGCAGCGCCGUGCGGCCCGCCUGCCUGCACACGCGCAUCGACCCGCUGCCCGCGCGCGCCACCGCCACCGGAUGGGGGCGCCUCGAAGAGAGUAAGACAAGACGCGGACCGGAUGACAAAGAGGCGAAUGGGCCCCUGUCGGAUCGGCUGCUGAAGGUGGAUCUCCCGCUGGUGCCUCAAGACACGUGCCGCCGCGUCUUCGAGCCCUUUAACCACUCGCGUGUGAGUGAAGCGGCGUUUGCGCAGGCGCUGCCGGCCGGCAUCGCGGGCGGCAUGGUGUGCGCGGGCGGCGCGGCGGGCGGCGGGCGCGACGCGUGCGCGGGAGACUCGGGCGGGCCGCUGCAGGCGCCGCUGCCCGCGGGCCCGCGCUGCGUGCACGCCGUGCUGGGCGUCACCUCCUUCGGCAAGGGCUGCGCGCGCCCGGGCCUGCCCGGCGUGUACGCGCGCGUCGCCGAGUUCGUGCCGUGGAUCGAGAGCGUCGUGUGGCCGGAGGAGGUGGCCGCCUUGAACGACCUCCGGCCGCGCAUGGGGCGGCUGCGGCCGGGCUCGAUCGUGGGGGCGGUCGCGGGACCUGCUGGAGACGACGUCCGCGCGGCGGGGCUGCAACCGGAGCAGGAACCGUUCAAAGAGAGCAAUCAUCAGGACGAACAUCGGGUAUGA